GCGAAGAUCAGUAAAAUACAAGCAGUAUUUAUCAGUUUGGUGUGAAAUAAUAACAAAUAAUAUAUAAUAAACGUUUAAUUUACAAUGUGGCGUGGUGUUGGUUCAUUAAAUAAUCGUAUGGUGUAUGAUUGACAUUUUGAAUAUCUAGAUUGAUAAAACAGUGGAAAGUUCUUGUGAUUCCGUGAAAAACUUGUUCAAAUAAAUGCAGUGGUUUGUUUGAAUUAAGCAGAUGUAACACUUUUAUGAAGGACAAAUGGCACAGCACCAUAUUCGGACAGCAGUAGAUUCAGAAAUCAGUUCAGGAAAAGAUAAGGGAGAUCCGAUAGAGAGAGAUCUUUCCAUAACUCUGGACGACAGGGAUCUUUGGGUCAGAUUUCAGAGUUUUACGAAUGAGAUGAUCGUCACGAAGAGUGGCAGGAGGAUGUUUCCAGUAGUGAAAGUAACAGCGACAGGACUAGAUUCCAAGGCGAUGUACACCAUACACUUGGAAUUCGUCCAAAUCGAUCCCCACAGAUGGAAAUACGUAAACGGGGAAUGGGUUCCAGGAGGAAAAGCAGAAGGACCCCCCGCAAACCCCAUCUAUAUGCACCCUGAAUCCCCCAAUUUCGGGGCGCACUGGAUGAAGGAAUCUAUUUCUUUCGCAAAGGUGAAGCUUACCAACAAAUCUAAUGGAACAGGCCAAAUAAUGCUUAACUCCCUGCACAAAUAUGAGCCGAGAGUCCACGUGGUUCGUGUUGGUACUGAGUCAAGUCGCGUGAUGACUUUUCCAUUUCCGGAGACGCAGUUCAUAGCAGUCACUGCCUACCAGAAUGAAGAGGUGACGUCGCUGAAGAUAAAGUAUAAUCCCUUUGCUAAGGCCUUCCUGGAUGCCAAGGAGAGGCCCGAUAGCUUGUAUGGUCAACGAGAGUUUUCUAGUAAUUAUGGACAGCAACCUCAGUAUUCUCAGUAUGGUUCAUGGUUCCUCUCUCAUCAGCCAAUGUACGCAUCAGCAGCUCAAAUGCCACCCUGCCAAUUCCGAUCUAGUCCGACACUGAAACGACAAAAGUCAGCUCCGUAUACCAUUCAGAGGCAAAAAUCGGCGUCUGUGUCCCCUCCACCACAUGUUUACAACCCGCCAGAACACAUCCAACAGCAGACACUCUACAGCUCCACCGGCCCAACCUACUCCAGCUGGCCUGCCAUGACUACCAUACAGGCUCAAACGCCCCCCACCAUGAUGACUGCCCCAAUCAACUGCUGGUCACUCACUUCUAGUCCCCCUCCGCCGCAUCAAAUCGCCUCGCAACCAACUCCCAGCCAGUCACCUGGUCACCAGGUGUACCAGCAUUCGCCAGUCAGCAGCAUGACGAAUCUUUCCUACCCCAGCUACUACUCUGACGUCACCUACCAAGCUCCCGAGUAUAUACCGAUACCCAGUUCGGAGGUUUCUUAUGCUCAGAUCGGAUCUGAUAGGACGUCAGUGGUUUACCAGACAGACGUCGGCCAUUUGGAGAAGCACGAGUAUGUCCAUAGUCCUCCAGUUAGUAGUGCUAGUGAGGAGAGGUCGGAGUCUGCGUCUAGUGCACCUAGACAGGAAUGGGUAGUAGGGCAUUUCAAAAUUGAAUAGCGGGAUAUGUGCAAUACAAGUGAAGUGCAGGUGCUGCAAAAGACAUCGAACAUAUUGUCAUUGUUAUUUAUUUCCACAGAUUAUAGAAAACUAGGUGAA